AAUUAGAAAUCAUAUGUUGGACAAAUCGACAAAUUCGUGAAGAAGUGUAAUUCAGACUUGAGGAUUCUCUACAAAAAGCAAAUUUUGUACGUUUCGAGCAAAAAUGUUGAACGUAAAAAUCGCAGGUGCAUCCGUGAAAUGCGUUUUUAAAAGUGACACGCCUAUAACAGUUCAUGAAUUGUCUCAAUUAGUCGAAAAACAAACGGGGCUUUUGUGUGAUCAGUAUUACAUUGAAUAUAAUGGCCGACUUAUGCAAAAGGACGAUAUCUGCUCAAAUGGCUACGCAACUGUCGUCCCAAGACUGUUGGGUGGCAAAGGUGGUUUCGGUUCCAUGUUACGGGCGAUAGGUGCACAGAUAGAGAAAACCACGAAUCGCGAAGCUUGCAGAGACCUGAGCGGUCGUAGAUUGCGCGACAUAAACGAGGAGAAGAGACUGAAGGCUUGGAUCGAGAAGCAGACCAAGAGACACGAUGAGGCAGAGGAGCGCAAAAAGAAGAAGCUUGAGAAACUGUGCGCUGAACCGAGACACGAGUUCAGAGAUCAGCGUUAUGAACAGGAGAGAGCUGACUUACCUGAGAAAGUCGAAGAUGCGGUCGAGGAAGGUUUCAAAGCUGCUACCAUGUCAAGUGUUAAGAGGAAAUUGAAAGGAGAUGAUCAACCAAAUAAACGCAAGACUAUACUGGAUUUCGAGAUUGAUUCCGAUGAAUUUGAGGAUACUUCAGAAGAUGACAAUGACAGUGAUGGAAAUAACACAUCGGUAACAAAAGAUAAAGCAGAGCAACAAACACUGUCGAUUGACAGUGGAAAUUCCAGUGACAAUGCUUCAAAAAUCAGUGAAAGCACCGAGAAAGUGGGAAGCGAACAUUCCGAGUCAUCGACUGAUAAUGAGAGCAAUGAUAAAGUCUCAAGUAAUGAGUCAGUGGAUGCAAAAUCCGAUGUGACUAAACAUCCCAGCUGGUCGUUACUGGAGCACAGGAAGUGCGGCAUCUCCAACAGCGAUCGUAUUAUCGGUGGUAAAAAUGCCAGCCUAGGCGCGUAUCCUUGGAUCGCGAGAAUAGGAUAUGGCAAUCCUGGUGCCCCCGAUUUGAGCUACAGAUGCGGCGGCACCUUGAUCAAUAAGCUACACGUUAUCACUGCAGCUCACUGCGUGAUGAAUCUGCCUGAAAAUUUCAAAGUCGGUGGAGUUCGUUUGGGCGAGCACAACACCCUGACUGACAUCGAUUGUGAACGCGAAUUUUGCGCGGAGCCGGUGCAAGAUUUCUCACCGAAAUUGAUCAUCAUUCACAAAGAUUAUAAUAAGCCCGUAUUCAAGAAUGAUAUAGCUUUAAUACGAUUGGAUCACCCGGCAGUUUACAACGAAUUCGUGAUGCCGAUAUGUAUGUUGUACGGUGAACUUCUGGUGAAAAACUUUGCUGGCGAAACGGCAGAAGUCGCCGGUUGGGGGAUAUACGAUAUCAACGACCCGCAGCCCAGCACGAUCCUGCAGACGCUCAAGGUGCCGGUCGUCGAAAUGGACAAGUGUUUGCAAUCAGUAUUAGGCAACUUCGCUGAGAUGUCGGAGCAGAACCAGAUGUGCGUAGGCGGUAUCAUAGGCGAGGAUUCUUGCGGUGGUGACAGCGGAGGACCCUUAAUGAAGGUGCUAAGCCAUGACGGACCUAGGUACUACUUGAUCGGCAUCGUUUCCUUUGGUGCGAAGGCCUGCGGCGCCUCCAGGACACCCGCCAUCUACAGCAAGGUCGCUGCGUAUACCACAUGGAUUCUGGAUCACAUUCAGCCGUGAAAGAGCUCAGACGGGAUCGUUCGAGUCGUCCUAAUUACAGUGAAAACAAAAUUCGAAGUUAGUUCGUUUGGCAAGUUUUUCAUUUCAUUGAUAAAAAUGAAAGAAUUUCCUAUUUAGAAUAAUUUUAUUUAGGAUCGUCGCGAC